GCUCUCUUCUCAACAAAUUUACUCGCUACUUGUUUUUCUAAAGAGACCAUGAAUUCGUACCGGGUGGCUACGACUUUUGAACAAUGCGGCCUGCGUCCGCCAUCGACGGAGUCUGUAACAGUGGGCGAAUCUGACAUGAAAUUUAUCCAGCUGAAAAAUGGCGACGACACCAGCCUGCUUCAGUAUGUGCAAGACGGCGGAAUUGCAUUCCCACACAUACUGGUUCCAGAGGCUCUCAAACUCCGUACAGCGCAGUCAGCAGUCAGCAAAGAGUCGAUUCUCUUGCAGUCAGAGCUGAACAAUACCAAUAGCGUUGCAGGAGCAACUGCAGCUGAUAGCAACGGGUCAGCGGUAGCUACAUUUGUCAACAGUGUACUCUGGCUAUGGAACAUUAAGCAACAUGCAUCGACCUUCACAGACCAGCGGCGUCUGGAUUUGCUGCGGCUUGCCGAGAGCUGCAUGCCAGCGCCGGUGGCGAGGAUCGUGCUUGGCAGUGUUAACGGGACUGCGUCGGCCGCGUUAGCAGCCCAGAUGGAGGCUGAAGAGGCCGAAGGCCAGCGAAGCAUUAUGACAAACAUCGAAGGACCCAUUUCAUGCAUCGCCUGGCAUCCGCACCGGUCGCUGAUUGCUGUUGCCCACCGCGCUACAGACACGGUACUCCUGUACGAUCUGGCCAACGACACCUGGUGUGCCAACAUACUGGAGAACGUGCACAUGCAAGGGAUCACGUCGAUGGCGUGGCAGCCUUGCAACGGGUAUACGCUGGCAGUAGGCUGUCGCUCGGGUGUGUGCCUGUGGAAGCUUCUUCCUGGAGCACCGGCUUCGGGCUACAAUAGCGCGCAGUCUGCCACUGCUCCCAGUUUGGCAUGGAUGUCGCUUCUCUCGUUCCCACCACUCCCCGAUGUCUCAGAGUCGGCAUUGCACAGCAACCAGCUUAUUCCGCGUUCGAGCACCAGCGUGUCGGCUCUAGCGUUUGCACCUGACGGACAGUGGCUUAUCACAGGACACCAGACACAUGGGCACUUGACAGUCUGGGACACAGCGCUGGAGACAGCCACUCCACUGAGACGGUCUGGCAGCACAUCGCGGGCCGCAACACUAAGUAUCUCUGUUAGCCCCAGUGGCAGCUAUGUGGCAUCAACGCAUGCCAACAAUCAACUACGCCUAUGGGAGACCGAGUCGUGGGGGUCACGCGUGUGGUCGGACUUCCCAGCCAAUGUAUCACAGCUUGUGUGGUCGCCCGACUCGCGGUCUGCGUUCUUCUCGGUGGUCAACAGCUCGUCAAUUUUUGCGCUGGCAGUGUACAUGGGGCCGCCCACGCUGGAGGUCGACAUAUCUGUGGUAUCGACAUUCGAGGGGCAUGCGACAACAGCGGUCGAUGAUGCAACCGAGAGCAUCCGGGUCGGUGGUGCGAUUCGGUCGCUGGCCCUGGACCCAACCGGCCAGCGCUUGGUGGCUGGCUUUGACGCAGACGCCACUUCAUCUGAUGUCACGCUGCUGGCUGCAUACAUGGUCAACACCGCCCCACUGUUCCGAGCAGGAGGUGACGCCCAUGUGCUGAGCCCACUUGGCUACAUCCGUGGGCCAAACUGGGGCAAGCAGCAAAAGCCUCACGCCGACGAUAAUGGCGACGGACAACCAGCCGAAAUCAUCACUCAAGUCGGUCUACCAGCCCCCGUGUGGUUUGGCUUUGCGCCAACCUUUGAGCCUGGUGCCCUGCUCACCGUUGCUUGGGCCAGCGGUAAGGUCUCAUUUGUGCCCAUGAUGUUUAACGGGGCAAAGUGAUCCUCGGAAGUAAAAUGGUGGAAAUAAAAUAAAG